CUCCAACAGGAACAGGAAAUACAGUGGUGAUAAUGGUUGGUUAUCCAAAAGGAAUAGAGAUAUUGGAGCCAGUACGAAGAGGGAUUCCAGUAAAAAUGACUAUUGUUGUUGGCACACGACACGUACAGGAAUAUAUUAGUGGUCAGUCGGUUGUGUUUGUAGCCAUCGCCUUCAUCACCAUGAUGAUUAUAUCGCUCGCUUGGCUCAUAUUUUAUUAUAUACAACGCUUCCUGUAUACAGGGUCACAGUUUGGAAACCAGGGACAUAGGAAAGAAACCAAGAAAGCGAUCAGCCAGCUUCAGCUACAUACCGUGAAACGAGGAGAAAAGGGUUUAGAUGUUGAUGUGGAAAACUGUGCUGUGUGCAUUGAGAACUAUAAACUGAAAGACACCGUCCGAAUUCUGCCAUGCAAGCACAUCUUCCAUAGAACGUGCAUUGACCCUUGGCUUUUGGACCACCGAACUUGUCCAAUGUGUAAACUAGACGUUAUCAAAGCUUUGGGAUACUGGGGUGACCCUGAAGAUGUACUUGAAGUUCCAAUACCCGAAUCAAUAAGUGGCAGCGUUUCAGUCGGAAGUCUGAGUAUUGCUUUACAAGAUGAUGACAGAAACGAAGUAAGCGAAUUGUCAGCUUCUUCCACUAAUGAAUCUGUAUUGCAAUGUACCAGUUCAAAAGAGGAUGCAGGUGAAACCACAGCGUUACUUGAUGUGGAUGUCAGUAAUAACCGUCAUGGAGAACAUCUAUCUAACGGAAAUUCCCACUGAACUGCUUCGUGGAAGAUAUCUUGAAUAGACUGUUGAAGAACUAUUAUUUUUUAUUUAAUUAGUAUGGACUCUUGUCUAGUUAACGGAAAAAUAACAAUGUAAAUUAUUUUACCUUUCAAACUUUUCUAGCUGGUGUUCCAAAAGGGCUAAUAACUAAGAAUUUUGUACACAGGAGGAUUUUAUAAAAUCUCCUCUGGAUGUCUCAUCCUAAAAGAAGAUGCAAUAACCCUUUUUUCUGUAAGCAUUGUUACAAUGUCAUUGUGUUCCAGAGGGCUGUAACAAAGAUGAAGACUAGGCAGUGAAAACAAUGUAGAAUGUCUAACGGAGAAAUAUUUUGGAUGCACUAUUUACAUUCAGUAUGUACACAUGGAGAACACUUACAAGACUAUAACUAUUAAAAUGUUCUGAAAGUUCUGAUCUGUUGUAACUGGAGAUGGAUAUUCUUAGGAAAGAUAUAAUUUAACCUUGAAGGAAUCAAAUAACUUCGUGGAUAUGUUGCAUAUCC